AUGGAAAUUUGGCAAAAGGAUUAGGAAAAAUCUUCUACGGAUAGAAAAAAAAUACCAUUUCCAAUUAAUUGUGAAAAUAUUACCUAAGAGGCAUUAAACGAAUUAUCAAACUCCACUUAUUUUAUAUAAGGAAAUGGCCCUGUAUAUACUGUCAAAAUAGGAAGGGUUGCAUAAACUCCAGAUUAAAUUACAUAAAAUGUAUUGGCAGCUGCUUAUGAAGUUUUGCCUCAUAUUUUGUAAGAAAAAGGAAUGAGUUUAAGUUGCUUAAGAUAAUUAAAUGUCAAGUUAUCUAGCUCUGUUUCGUUACCUUUCUAUACUAGGCUUAGCAUUAGAGAGAUAGAAGCAUGGAAAAUAAAAUGAUAAUUUUUUUUAUUUAUGUUUAAAAUACAAUUAGUAAAAUUAGGCGAUAAAA